AUGGAAGACUCAAACAUAACUUCUCCAGAAAGAUUCAUCCUACUUGGGUUAUCUGAUGUCCCUUACCUCCAGGUUAUCUGUUUUCUUGUGUUUUUGUUGAUUUAUGUUACCACGUUAUCAGGAAAUCUUCUACUGAUCCUUGUAAUGAGGAUCAAUCCAAAACUACACAGUCCCAUGUACUUCUUCCUGAGUAACCUCUCUGUUAUUGAUGUAGGCUUCUCCUCUUCUAUAGUACCCGUAAUCCUAAUGAAUACCCUAGCCAGAGACCGGAGUAUUUCCCGAUUAGGAUGUGCAGCCCAGAUGUUCUUCUCUUUGACAUUAGGGGCAACAGAAUGUAUAAUACUGGCGGUCAUGGCCUACGAUAGAUUUGCUGCCAUCUGUAAGCCAUUGUACUACAACAUCAUCAUGAGCAAGAAAUUGUGCUUUUGUUUAGCUGCCGGGUCAUGGAGUGUGGGCUUCAUCAACUCCAUUGUUCAUGUGCCCCUCACAUUCCAACUGCCAUUCUGCAGGUCCCACCUUGUCAACCACUUCUUCUGUGAGGUACAUCCAUUCCUUCGACUGUCCUGCAGAGAUACUCGGCUCAAUGACAUAUUAAUGUAUAUCUCAGCAGGGAUUAUUGUUAUAUGUUCAUUCAUUUUAACACUAAUUUCCUACGUCCAUAUUAUCUCCUCCAUCUUGAAGAUCCGUUAUGCCCAAGGGAGGUAUAAAGCUUUCUCCACCUGUGCCUCCCACCUCAAUGUUGUCACCCUCUUUUAUGGGACCAUUAUGUUCAGGUAUCUGCAGCCCCACUCCAGUUACUCUCAUGAAACAGACAUAGUUGUGUCUAUUCUUUAUACAACAGUGACUCCAAUGUUGAAUCCCUUCAUUUACAGUGUGAGGAAUAAGGAUGUUAAAUACACCAUAAUGAAUCAUCUGAGUAGGCGAUAA